AUGGUGCAAGAGGCCAAGCAGUCGGCUUCCCAAAGCGGUAGUGAUGAGCGGCCCUCCCGCCGUUCCAAGGCUCCAAUUCUCGAAUACAAACCUUUCACUAGAUUCCAAUUAUGGGUAUAUGAUUUGGUGUUAUGGAUGUUCACAGUGAUUUUUGACUGCUUUUUCCGUGAGAUCAGACCCAGAGGUGCUUUCCGGUUGCCCAAGCUGGGCCCCGUGAUUUUCGUGGCUGCUCCACAUGCCAAUCAGUUUGUGGACCCCAUCAUUCUCAUGAAUCAAGUAAGAAGAGAAGCUCAAAGAAGAAUCUCGUUCCUCAUUGCAACAAAGUCGUACAAGCACUCGGUCAUUGGGCCAUUGUCGCGUAUGCAAUUGAGUAUUCCGGUUUCCAGAGCUCAGGAUACUCUCGUUCCCGGAACAGGAAAGAUCACCAUCAACUUCGAUACCGAUGGUCUUCGUGUUUUCGGCAAGGGCACCAAGUUCACCGAGGAAUGUAUGGUUCGUGGACUUGUGGCUUUGCCCAAGUCUCUUGGAGCAUCGGAAAUCGCCGAGAUUGUCUCUGAUACCGAGUUGAUCCUCAAGAAGGAAUUCAAAAAGUCUGACAAGAUCGUGGAGCUUUUAACCAAAGGAACUCCGUUUAAAGUGGCAGACAAAAUCGACCAGAAACAGGUGUACAAUUUUGUGUUUAAUCAUUUGAGUAACGAUGGGUGCAUUGGUAUUUUCCCUGAAGGUGGAUCACACGAUAGAACCGACUUACUUCCUCUUAAAGCAGGUGUGGCAAUCAUGGCCCUUGGAGCUAUGAGUAACGACCCAAAUUGCAAUGUGAAAAUUGUUCCCUGUGGAAUGAACUACUUCAACGCCCACAAGUUCCGGUCUAGAGCAGUGAUUGAAUUCGGCCAUCCGAUCGAGAUAUCUCGUGACUUGGUCACUAAGUACAACGACCCCGAAACUAACCGUGACGCAGUCAAGGAGCUCUUGGAUACCGUUACUACAGGUUUACGUGCCGUGACUGUCACCUGUGAGGAUUACGAGACUUUGAUGAUGGUCCAGGCUGGAAGAAGAUUGUAUGCUGGUAACUUUGCUCAGUACUUGCCUUUGCCUAUGGUGGUGGAAAUGAACCGUCGUUUGGUUCUUGGAUACCAGACGUUCAAGGAUCGUAAAGAAAUGCAGGCUUUGAAGGAGAAGAUUUUGCGAUACAAUCAGUUUUUGAAGCUGAUGAAUUUACCUGAUCACCACGUUGAAGAUUGUGACGAGACUCACAAACUCAAUUUGCUUCCAAUCUUUGUAUGGCGUAUAAUACGUUUGAUUUUCUUCUUUGUUUUGGCCCUUCCGGGCGCUGUGUUGUUCUCGCCAGUUUUCAUUCUUUCAAAGUAUGUUUCCAUGCGUAAAAAGCAGACUGCUUUGGCAAACUCAACUGUCAAAAUCAAGGCCAACGAUGUUGUCGCAACGUGGAAGAUUCUCAUUAGUAUGGGUGCUGCUCCAUUACUUUACUCCUUUUACGCUUCUUUGGGCACAUGGUACUGUAAGCAUCACAACUACCUAUCAUCGUUUGGUUUGGUUAGUAUGUGGUUCGUGUUGUAUCUACUUGGAGUCAUGGUCACGUAUUCCGCUUUGAUUACAGGUGAACAGGGUGUGGACUUGAUGAAGUCAAUUAGGCCCUUAUACCUCUCAAUUUUCUCUGGGUCUUCCAUCACAGAAUUGAAGCAAUUGAGAAAAGAGCUUAGUGAAGACAUUACCGAGGUGGUUAACACUUACGGAAUCGAACUCUUCCCAGACGAUUUCAACUUACUUGAAGUCAAGGACACUGAAACAAAGGAGAAACUUGUGGACAGUGAUGAGGAGGAAGAAUUCAAGACCCAAGAACUCCGAAAGAGAAGAAAGGCUAAGAAGAGAGCUCAAAAGGCUAAGCUUCUCAAGGAUGAUGGUAGUGAACUGACUCCUGGGCACUCUGACAGCGAUAUGUCUCUUGCGGGCAAUAUUUCGUCGUCUCUGUCCGAUGGAAUUUCUCUCAUGAAUUCGAACCUGAGUUCCUUCACAAACAUUCCCCUUUUCUCGGACUACGAUUUGCAUGCCAAUGCAAAGAAUUCGCAAAUCGACAUAAAAGGACUUGCAUCUGUUGUUCAAUCCGCACUUCCCUCCACUAUUUCGAUAGCGGAUGACUUUAAUCAUCACAGUCCGUCAACACCAACGCACGACAGGCCCGUGGUCUCCAGAAAUAAUUCCCACAUGGAACUUAAUUUUGGUUCUAAGGUGGACGUAAGCAAGUUGAGGCACCCAAUCUCUCCUGAAAGCGUGAUGCACAGACGUAAGCUCAGUGAGAAGAUUAAGAAUAAAGUCAUGGAGAGCAGAGAUUUGAACAACUAA